AUGUGGGCGACACUGCCGCCUGUAGUGUCUGUCGUCACCGCCGCUGAUGAGCUUACCGGCGUGUCUGUGGCGGCACACACGUCUGGCAUGCUGUGUGAGUCGAACACUGGCAGCUGCCCGCCCUUCACCACGGCCGCUACGCGGCGUAGCAGACCUUACACCGUUGAUGCGUCCCCUGUAAUGAGCCCAUGCAAUGCAAGCUUAGUCUCUGACGAGCAUUCUGCGUCGUUGAAUGGCUCUCAGAGUGGGUACUUUCAUCACACUGCGUUCCCGCCAGCGGCGGUCGGCGACGGCGCCGCCUGUGAGACCGCUGCGCCCGUAGCACCGUCAACGGUGGGUCGACCUUGGAGUAGGCUGGCUCCUCUGGGCUCCCCGGAUGCGACUCCUCCGCUGCGGCAGCUCCACCUUGAACGUAGUUCUUUUUCGCCUCUAGCAUCUCCGCGGCCUGUGGAGGCACCGACGCCAGCACCGUCGUCACCGGCGGCGGACUUCAUUUCGGAGUCGCUGACGUCCCGACGUGCCGCCGCUUUCCCUGCGAAGGGCGUGCCUGACUGCAGCCUGAGCAGAAGCCCCGGUGCUUAUCUGUCGAUGAGCGUCGUCCCAGUAGACACACGGCCGUCGCCCACUCUGGUCUCCCCAUGUGCGUCCAGUUUUCACCUGGUGCAACCGUCUUUCUGCACCUUCGAGCAAACCGUGGUGGCUGCGGCAGCGAAAAACCCUGCGCGUGGCGCCGCGUACGUAUCCGCAGUGAUGCGGCCCUCGGAGUCACUGUGCGCUGCCCCAAAGUCAACACCGCCGCCAACCAGUAGCGAUGCCAUGGUGGGAUUGGGGCACCCCGCGCCAACGGGAGCAGCUGGCAGUCCUAACGCCACCUACAUGGCUGUGAAUUCCUUUCAAGGCUGGUCGAAGGUUCCGCUCACUGCGCCUGUGCCAACUAUUGCUGCGGGCGACGUUGGCGCGCCGCCGGGGGCCGUGAUCGAGUCCGAGGCUCAGAAUAAUCAGGCUCUUGUGCCUCUUGUCUGUCCGCCCUGCCCCACACCGGAGCCACACGCUUCAGCUAUCGUCAACGGCGGCGCGCUCAAACAUUCGUCAACGCCUGUCAGUCCCCUUUUGAACGCGCGAGGCAGCACAGUCUGUCCGGCCAGCGUCAGUGCCGCUCUUCGAACGUCGUUUUCCAUGACGCCUGUGUGCUUGAGCUGUUCGCCUCCAAGGCACCAAGGUGAAGGUCUGCUCUCUCACAGCCGUCAUGCGCCGCCACCAUCGGUGUGGGGGGUGGGUGGCGCAUCGCUCAACAGUACCGGGACGGCAUUUACUGUCGCUACUGCGGGAGGUAUGACAGCUUUGUCCCCGCAGACACCACCGCAGAUUCAGCACUUUGCCUCCGCCAAGCUUAGCAGUAGCGGCAGCACCAAUACCAGCAUUGGCGACGUGGGCCACGUGCACUUUCAGGCACUGGGCCAGCCACAUUCCCCCCCAUCGCUUCACUCCCCAAGUCCGAGGCUUUCUUCACAUCCCAGCGUCGGCGCUAGGACGUCGCCGACGCAGCCGGACGACUCGUUUAUCUCUAUCACGUUGCCAAAUCACAACCAAAGCUUUUACACGGGCACCGCCGGCAGAGACAGCUUGCACCGUAGCUUUCUUUUUCCCUUGAAUUCACCAGGGGUCACAGCAGUAGCCGCCGGCGGCGUUGCCUACAGCGUGAGCGACGCCGGACCGUCCCUGGAGGCCGGCUCUAUCCUGGUGGACCCCUUUUGCUCGCCAGCGCUCUUCGAGCUACCGGAGCUUCAGCCUGCCUCACAGCAGCUGCAAGGUCCCCAACCGUCACAUCAGCCGCACCCACAGCUACAGCAACCGCUACUAAUCACGCCCACCGCAGCGGCAGCGUUGUCGCCUCCAGGGCCUCACCUUACCGUCUUUUCGCGGAGUCCUCAGCUGGCUUCGCUCGAUGAGGCGCUGCAACCGUACGCGUCGGCCAGGGACAGGUGCAGCAGCCUAAGCCAGUCCCCAGCCCUGCUGCAGCUAUCCACCUGUGAUUUGCAGUCGUCGUCCGUGGCUGCUGCUGCGGAGGCGAGUCGUAACGAGUCCGUCAGGAACACUUCCUUUUUCUCCCCCACGGUGGCAAACUUGCAGUGGCGGUGCCGAUUUGGGGAGUCUCUGUCUGGUUCUGAGAAGACGCUUGCCUUCCCCGAUAGACGUUUGCAGAUGACAGGAAGCAGUGCUGCCUCUGCUGCUGCUGGUUGUAGGCGUGAUGGUGCCAGCGCGAAGCCGUCGUCGAUGUCAAUUUCUAACUCCAAGCUGACACCUCGACCUGCGUACAUCGUCGAGUGGGAGCAGAGCCUUAUUGCCUUCCAGAAUCGCGCGGAGAGUUACUAUACCUUCAAGAACACUUGCACCGAGACAUAUUUGACACUCAUCGAACACAAUGUGGACCGUUUCCUUGUGUGCUACUUCAGCGGUGGAGUUAUCAGACCGGAGAAGUCGCUACAGGAAGCGUUGACGAGCCAAUCUGGACCCGCCGUCAGCACUGCCGCUCAUGUUCUCGGCUGGACCAAUGCUGGCCGUUCGACUGCGAAGGAGCCGAGCGCUUCUGUGGCUGGCGGUGGUGGUAUUCAGAAAAUGCUACCGGGCAGCAAGACACUGCUGAGGCUGGGCGAGACCGGGUCGAAGUGGCUGACGAAGAUAGGCGCAAACCUGCGGCGGACGGCUGAGACCCCAACACCGGUGUCCAGAGAGUCGCAGACGCCUCUCAUGAGUGCUGGCCCUGCCAGCCGGGCCACGGUUACCUCUGCUGACGCAGUAGUGUCGCCGCAGCGGUGUCUGGGAGAGGACUCCUCGGAUUGCGGCACCGCAUCGAUGACUGUUGGUGCGGCGGGGGCGGGGGUGGCCGCGAUGGGGGGUGGGGUGCUGGGGCCCACCUGUACAGGCCCGUGUGACACGGACCCAUUCGGCGCGCACAUGACCCCCAACACUGUUCCAGGGUGGCCGACCUUGCCUGAAACCCGCGACUCGAUUCCGUCGACUAGCACAAACCGACCGCCACUCCCCCCACAGCAACACACCGAGCUGACCGCAGACACGUGCUCCACUGCUCCCACAAACGACAUGGCAUUUCUGGAGCCCGUUACCGCUGAGGAAGCCGAGAUGCAGUGCCUGCGCCAGCUCGGCCCUUACGUGGCCAACGUGGUCCCAGAGACGUUCAUGGAUGCGCGGCCGUGCGACGGCGUUCUAGAUCAGGUGCGCCGCAACUACGCCAUUCUCUUGCACACUCUGCAGCACGUCUUCCUCAACCCCGACGGUCGCAGUAGGCGAGCUGCUGACACUUCCUUGCCUCGCGUGGACCAGGCCCCGUCGUCGCCGGCCGCCCUUACGCAAACGCCUUUGCCGACGGCAGCCACCGGGUUGGUAGGCUCUUCCCAUUCUACAGCGAUGGAUGGGCUUAUUUCCCAGCGCAUUCGUCAAGGGCUGCUGCUGCCCACUAUUCAGGCCACCUGGCGGGACUACUUGACUCCUCUUGAGUGCAAGGCACAGGAGCUGGUGCAGAUCGCCAAGACAAUCAUUGGCCCUAUCCUGGGAGAGCUGCAAGCACCGUGUGACACGAGUGCCACUUGUAGUGCGGCGGCUGUGUCACUGUCAGCUCCAGUGAGCCCUGUAAGGGACCUGCCGUGUGACUUGCCGGCCGCCGUCACCACCCUCGCGGAGGGGACAAGUGUUCUCGCCAACGCAACGACGAACACCGAUCGAUCUGCUCGCGAAACCCUGCGAGCCUCGUGGGUAGACCCCGUCAGUCGACUGAUCCGACUUCUCGGAGGUGACGAGGAGUAUCUUGCUACCAUACACAGGAUGGACGACGAGUUCGUCGAGAACGGCAAAGCGUGGCAGGAGUGCAGUGCGCAGAUGCGACUGCCCAACAUGGCGCUCAGCGACUACGUGCCCGUGUACGGGUUAGUACUCUCACGACUCCAUCGACUAGAGAUGGAGCACCGUACCGUGCUGGAGCUGUGGGGCGGCAGUGCAGCUGGUACUCAACGUCGCACGUACGUAUAG